ACCCCUGUCACACCAUUCUCCCCUCACAAUUCGUUCCGUCACUUUCUCUCUCUAAAACCGUCUCUCUCUCUCUAAAACCGUUUCCGACGUCGUUUUGUUUCCGAUGUCUUCACGCGGCGGUGCUCGCGGUGGUUCCGCCGGCGGAGGCCGUGGACGUGGUCGUGGACAAGGCCGUGGUGGCGGUGGUUUUCAACCGUCACCGCCGUCUUCUUACGGCGGUGCCGGAAGAGGAAACGACGCCGUACGGUCCGUAACUUCCGUUCAGUCAGCGUCGUCGUCUUCGAUGUCUCGACAGUUUGAGAACAUGUCGUUAGGUUCAGCAUCAUCGCAGUCGUCAGCGACGGCUCCGGUGUCGCAGCAACCGGCAUUGCAGCAGCGUCCGGUUCAGACUCGGCCGGAACCGGUUGUGGUGGCGGACGCACCGCCGCCUCCGCUGGCCGUGCCGUUGGUGCCGUCGUCGUCGAAGAAGUUGAGUACGCCGGCGAGGCCUGGUUUUGGAACGAUGGGACGGAAGUGUGUUGUUAAGGCCAACCAUUUUCUCGUCGAUCUCGGUCAGAAGGAUCCCUAUCAGUAUGAUGUUGCUAUUUCGCCCGAAGUUACUUCUAAAACAAAAUGUCGGGAGAUAAUGAAGCUUCUUUGCGAGUCAUUUAAGGCUUCACAUCUGGGAAACUUGAUGUUGGCUUAUGAUGGGAAGAAAAGUGCAUUCGCUGCUGGUUCGUUGCCAUUCGAGUCGAAAGAAUUUGUUGUUAACAUUACCGAGCGGAAUGGGCGGGAACGCGAAUUCAAGGUCACCAUUAAGUUUGCUGCAAAAAAAGACCUUCACCAUCUGAAGAUGUUUCUGACUGGCAGGCAACAUGACAGUCCACAGGAAACUAUACAAGCUCUUGAUGUAGUUCUAAGGGAGUCAGCUUCUAAGGAUCGUGAAGUAAUUGGGAGAUCACUGUUUAGCCCUGUAUUUGGUAAAGGCUCACUUGGUGACGGUAUUGAGUAUUGGAAGGGCUUCUAUCAGAGUUUACGACCUACACAAAUGGGACUAUCACUGAACAUUGACAUGUCAGCUCGGGCUUUCUAUGAAAACAAGUUGGUAUCUGAGUUUGUUAAAGAGUUUCUCAACAAGGAUAUAUCAAGACCGCUUAGUGAUCAAGAACGGAUCAAGGUGAAGAGAGCUCUUCGAGGAGUUAGGGUUGAAGUUCGCCAUGGGGAUUCUGUGAGGCGCUACAAGUGUCAAGACUUGACACGUCAACCAGUUAACCAACUAACUUUCGUGGAUGACACUGGAGCUAAAAUUUCUGUUGUUCAGUACUUCAGAGCAAAGUACAACACCACUCUUCGUUAUCCGUUACUUCCUGCUAUUCAAUCAGGCACAGAAGCAAAGCCUACGUAUCUGCCAAUGGAGCUUUGUACAUUGGCUUUUGGUCAAAGAUAUGCUUCAAAGCUAAAUGAGAAACAGGUGACUAAUUUGCUAAGGGCCACAUGUCAGCGCCCAAGUGAGAGGGAAGGUAGCAUUAUGACGACCAUGCAGAGUAACAAGUAUAACGAAGAUGCUCUUGUGAACAAUGAAUUUGGCAUGCGAGUGAGAGAGCAAUUCACUUCUAUUGAUGCGCGAGUUCUUCCACCACCACCAAUCAAGUAUCAUGGUUCUUCAGAGGUUAAUCCAACAGUUGGUCAGUGGAAUAUGAUAGACCUGAAAAUGAUCAAUGGGGGUACUGUAAAUUACUGGGCAAUUGCCAACUUUUCAAGGCAAAGACAAGACGCAGUUGAUCGCUUUUGCUACGAGCUUGUUCAAAUGUGUCAGAACAAGGGAAUCGUUUUCAAUCCCCAACCUCUGAUACCAAUGUAUACUGCUCCACCUCACAACAUCGAGAAAGCGCUAGUUGAUCUUCAUGCUAAAUGUACCGCACAACUAUCAAGAGCUGCACCUGGAAGCCAUAUUCAGUUGCUGUUUGUAAUUCUUCCCGAAACUAAAGGAACAUACGGAAGAAUCAAACGAGUCUGCGAAACAGAGCUGGGAAUUGUAUCUCAGUGCUGCCGACCGCAGCAUGUUAUGAAACUUAGCAAGCAGUAUUUUGAAAACGUGGCUAUGAAGAUAAAUGUGAAGGUUGGAGGUAGGAACAGUGUCUUGUCUGCUUCUCUCAAUGGAAGGCUUCCUUACGUAACUGAUCGUCCAACAAUCAUAUUUGGUGCUGACGUCACUCAUCCUUCAAAAGGAGAAGAUUCCACCCCUUCAAUUGCUGCUGUGGUUGCGUCAAUGGACUGGCCCCAAGUUUCAAAGUACAAAGCUUUGGUUUCUGCACAGUCGCAUAGGCAGGAAAUCAUUGAGGAUCUCCACACAACAUCUACUGACCCAAAAAAGGGUAUAGUUCACGGAGGGAUGAUUAGGGAGCUUUUGAUCUCUUUCAAAAGGUCAACCGGACACAAACCUCACAGGAUUAUAUUUUACCGAGACGGAGUCAGUGAGGGGCAGUUUAAUGAUGUUUUGCUGAACGAAAUGGAUAAAAUUCGUAAAGCAUGCAUUUCAUUGGAAGAGAACUAUAUGCCUCCUGUCACAUUUAUCAUCGUGCAGAAAAGGCAUCAUACACGCUUCUUCCCUGCGAAGCAUGGUGACCGGGCUUCCACUGAUAGGAGUGGCAAUAUUCUUCCUGGAACUGUUGUGGAUACUAAGAUCUGUCAUCCAACUGAAUUUGACUUUUACUUGUGCAGUCAUGCUGGAAUUCAGGGGACUAGUCGACCUGCGCACUAUCAUGUGUUGUAUGACGAGAACAAGUUCACAGCUGAUGGAUUGCAGAUGCUGACCAACUCUUUGUGCUACACGUAUGCAAGGUGUACCAGAUCAGUCUCCAUAGUUCCUGCUGCAUACUAUGCACACUUGGCUGCAUUCCGUGCGCGAUCCUACAUGGAAGGAGGAGAUUUGUCUGACUCUGAUUCACGUGGUGGGCAACGUGCAACAAGAGACAGGGUUGCUGAUGUGCGCCCUCUGCCGGCUAUUCAUGAGAGCGUGAAGAGCGUGAUGUUCUACUGCUGAUAUUAGAGUCUUUGAAGUUUUGCUGGUUAUCCAUCUAUCUACCCCACCCCUUUUGGCCUUUUGUCAAUAAUUAUGACAAAGCAAAUCACACAAUACUAUUACUUUGCUAAAGAUGUUGGUUUAAACAUGCUUUGAGCAUGCAACUUAUAUGCUGUGAUGACUUUCUCAACGAUCGUUUGCGUUGAAAGAACGGAAUUUUGUUAGGGAAAAACGUAUUUUCAAAGAUCAUUUAAUCAUCA